AUGGAUCUCACUUCGUUAACAGGUCGCCUCGAGGCGCUGCGGCUGCUCAGCGGCGAGAACAAGCCCGCCGCUGCGGCUGCUUCGUCCGGGCUGCAGACCUACUUCUUCACGCCCAAGUCCGGCUCCAAGCACCCGUCCCACGCCGACCAGGAUCUCAAGCUCGUCGUUGUCACGCUCGAACCCGAACAGAACCUCGGUCCCGCCAAGGCGCUCGCGACCCAGGUCGGACUCAAGGACAUGAGGGCCAUCGCAGCCGCCGACCUCGAGAAGCUCUUGGGCCGCAAAAGGGAGCAGGGUACGUUCUUGCGACUAUUCCACUCAAGUCUCAGUUGUGAGAUAUACAGCAUCACUACUGAACGCAUUCCACGUGUGUGACAGCCUCGCCGCUCUCGGUGCCGCCCCAGUUGGUCGCCUCAACGCUCCUGAUCACCUCGUCCUCACUCACAAGCUCGAGCGAGACCUUCUCGGUGCUGUCACCCAUCGACCCGGCCACGACCUUGUCCGUAUCGGCGCAACAGGUCCAGCAACUCAUCAAACAGCUCGAGGAGGAGGGUGCUGCGGUCAAGGCGGUCGAUUUCCAGGCCAAGGCGGCCCAAGCUGCGUUAGUCCAGACUCGGGGCCGCGACCCAGGUAGAUGUUUUUGGUGACUGACACAAUGUUUCGUCGCCAUGACGAACAGGACUCCUGCUGCUCCUGCUGCCAAGUCGACCCCGGCUCGUGGAGGGUCGACAAUCGCCGAAAAGGAAGCCGCCGCACUGCAGGGCAAGAAGGACCUUGAGGGCAAGUCAGGUGUCCAACUCGGGUUGACCAUCCGCAAGGAGCAAGCCGUCUUUGGCGACUGGUACUCCCAGACCUUGAUCAAAGGUGACAUGCUCGACUACUACGACAUCUCGGGCUGCUACAUCCUCAAGCCUUGGUCGUACGGCAUCUGGCAGACGAUCCAAAACUUUUUCGAUGCCGGCAUCAAGGAGCUCGGCGUGCAAAAUGCCUACUUCCCGAUGUUCGUUUCGAGCAAAGUAUUGGAGAGGGAGAAGGAUCACAUUGAAGGCUUCGCUCCCGAAGUCGCUUGGGUUACUAGGGCGUAAGUUGCUUUCGCCUCGCUGGAUGCACGAAGCUUCUAAAGCUGACCAAAUUUUCCGCGCAGUGGCCAAUCCGACCUCGAGGAGCCGAUUGCCAUCCGCCCCACUUCGGAGACCGUCAUGUACCCUUACUAUGCCAAAUGGAUCCGCUCGCACCGAGAUCUCCCGCUCAAGCUGAACCAGUGGAACUCGGUCGUGCGCUGGGAGUUCAAGAACCCCCAACCGUUCUUGCGCACGCGCGAGUUCCUCUGGCAGGAGGGCCACACGGCUUUCCUGACCAAGCCCGAGGCCGACACCGAGGUGCUGCAGAUUUUGGACCUCUACCGACGCGUGUACGAGGAGCUUUUGGCCGUGCCCGUCAUCCCCGGUGUCAAGUCUGAGAAGGAAAAGUUCGCCGGUGGUCUCUACACGACCACGGUAGAGGGCUUCAUCCCGACUACCGGUCGCGGUAUUCAGGGAGGAACGUCGCAUUGUUUGGGCCAGAACUUCUCUAAAAUGUUCAACAUCUCGGUCGAGGACCCGGAGAACAAGGGGGACAAGCUGCACGUGUGGCAAAACUCGUGGGGUCUGUCGACGCGCACGAUCGGUGUCAUGGUCAUGGUUCAUGGUGACGACAAGGGCUUGGUCUUGCCCCCGCGCGUCGCGCAACUACAGGUCGUCAUCGUUCCCGUGGGUAUCACGGCCAAGACGACAGACGAGGAACGAGGCCAGGUCUACGAGGCGUGCCAGUCCGUUGAGAAGGAGCUGAAGGCCAAGGGCAUCAAGGUCCGCUACGAUGACCGAGAAGGCUACACCCCGGCUUUCAAGUACAACGACUGGGAGUUGAAGGGUGUCCCCGUGCGUUUGGAGUUGGGCCCCAAGGAUCUGAAGGAGAAGUCCGUCGUUGCCGUCCGCAGGGACACGGGCAACAAGUCCAAACUCGUCAUCAAGGACCUCACCCAGUCGAUCCCCGAUCUGCUUGACACGAUCCACGACGACAUGCUCAACAAGGCGCGCGGAGAGUUCAACGAUCACAUCACCGUCAUCGAACGAUGGGAGCAGAUCGUGCCGACGCUGAACAAGAACCACGUCGUCGUGUUGCCGUGGUGCGAGAUCGAGGCGUGCGAGGACGAGAUCAAGAAGCGGUCCGCGCAGGAAUCGGUCGAAGGUGCAGAGGACGAAAAGGCCCCUUCGGCCGGGGCCAAGAGCUUGUGCAUCCCCUACGACCAGGCGAGGUUCGGUGAUGUCAAGGGCAAGAAGUGCCCGCAAUGUGGCGAGGAGGCCAAGAGGUGGACUCUGUUUGGCAGGAGUUAUUAG